GUUGUGGCUCGGCAAGCGAAGGAGAUUGAAAAAUUAAAAGCCGAAGCCCAAUCCCUUAAGCAGCAGAGGAACGCUGCCGAACAAGAUGAAGAAGGAGAGGUGGCUGGUGAGGCGUAUGUUCCACAACCAUACGCUCCUCAGGAUGAGGUACAACCACAAAUUUAUGCUGAGGAGUUUAUUUCCCUCAACGACCAAGGUAUCCUAUACAAUUUUGAUGACCAUACGGCCCUUAAUCAGCAAGUACAUCUCUGCUCUGACAACAUCGACAAUAUUGUCGCCCGAGGGUUUUUGUACGAGCAUGUGGGUACGAUCAAAGUUCACUGCCAGGAUUACGAUUAUUCACAUGCUCGGAUCAUGGUUUCGGAAAUCCUGCAAGAGGACGCUGAAAUCCCAGUCCCAAUUGAAGAGUGCAGAUAUGUUAGGGACGUGUACCAGAUGUUCCUUCCUUGGCCUAAACACUUAAUUUUAACAACCGAGGUAACUUCUCAACUGAAAUUAAUUUUUAAUGAUUAGUGGAGUUUGAAUAUCUUCAAUAUUCAUCCGUAGUGAAGUAGGUUCUGCGAAUAUAUGUGCUGUGGUGGGAUGGAUGAACAAACUACUGUUAUAUAUGUGUUAUUUGUCGUUAUACAGCCAUGUUCAAAUUUUGGGGUCAUUCAAUUACAACCGUUAUGCUGCCGAAAUUUCGGUAGAAUUUAGAUAAAAUUUGAUAUAUAUAUAUAUAUAUUAUGUUCUGUUUUGUUUAGGGUCCACUCGCUCAAUCGCCCUCAAGACGUGAUGCGUCAAAGGGGAAAGCUCCGAUGCUUUCUCCACAAGGCCGUGGUGCACGGGAAGAUGACUUGUUCACGGAAGAGAAGAUGGUGUUGAUCCCUAAUUCGCUAAAAUGGAUGAUUCAUGAAUUCCUAAGGCUCAAAGAUAAACGUGAUAUAAUCACAAUUUCUGUCCCCCGAGGAUUCAUUGCACCGCGUACCCAGAUCACGUUAUCUGGAGAGGAUUUGCAGCAGGUUGCUACGUGUAACUACAUCGGCAACCAGGGAAUGCUGUUUGGAAUGAUGCACAUAUGGGAGAGCAUCAACGGUCUGAGAAAAAUUUUUAAGUUUUACGACCCAGAGCUUCUCACAGUGCAUGGGAUCAACGAUGAAGAACAGAGUCAGUCUUUUGACGAUGCGGCAAGACGAUUGGCUAAUUGGUUAUCAUUAAUGAACAACAACCACCAAAUGUUCUUUAUUCCUUGGAAUAUCGGGAUGCAUUGGACGCUAGUGGUGGUUGCGCCAAGGAAAAUUAUCCAUUUAAACCCUGUAAAAGGCCGCCCAAUUCCCGAAGAAAUAGAACAAAUGAUCGGAAGGGCAUUCAUGUAUAUAGGGGACGCACAUCAGUAUCUUGGCCCGUGGCAAGGAAUUUCACAAGCAAAUUGUCCAAGACAACCUAAAAGCCAAGAAUGCGGUUUUUAUGUUUUGAAAUAUAUCACUGACAUCGUCGCACGUGCCAACCCCAACCGUUACAUACAAGAUCAAAAAGCUGUAAGUUUUAAUUAUUGAUUAUAGUAUAUAAAUUUUAUAAUAACAAAUAUAUAAUAUACAUAUACAUAAACUAAUAUAAAUUUUUAAUUUUUUUAACAGUUUGGGGGUAAGAAGCAAUACGAUCCAAAAACAGAAUUGUUACCACUACAGCGAAAGUGGAUCGAACAAUUGAUGGCGGUGAUUCACGGUGACGAUUGAGAUUCAAAGGUCGAAGAAUUUUUCUUCAUUAUGUAAUUUUUAUAGAUUAACUUGUAGUUAGAUUUAUUAACUUAUUAAUAUUUUUAACUAAUUUUACAUGUUUGUGUAAUAUUUAAUUACUUUUAUGAAAUCAAAUUAUGUUUUUACGCAAAUUUAAUUACUAUUUAAUUUAAAAUGUAAUUAAUAUAUAAUUAAAUUAAAUAAAUAUGUAAUUUAAAAUUUAAAUAAAUAUGUAAUUUAAAUUAAAUAAAAUAAUAUAUAAAUUAAUAAAUAUAAAAUUAAA